AUGGGACUAACAUUAAACAGCAUUUUACAUUUUACAACGUAGAAAGAGCAUGGACAGAAGCAAAAGUGAUAUGUGAAGAUUCAGGAAUGAGGAUGCUGAAAAUAGAAACUUUGCAAGAAAAUGAUUUUGUCAUUGAUUUGAUUAAGACUGAACUUGGACUUGGAUCACUAAAUGAUUUUAUCUGGACAGGUCUUCGCCGCGAUUCCAUCGGAAAUGAGAAGUGGACAGAUAAUGCAGCACCGACAUGUAAAAAUUAUGCGACAAGCAACCUUACAAGUACAUCCGGAUCAUUUUGUUUUGCAUUAAAUCCACCAAAUGGUGACUGGUUGGAGCAUAGUUGUACUCAACGACACAUGUUUGUAUGUGAAACGGAUGUAGGGCAGUGUACGUUUGACCAAAGACCUGCUGGUAAAGGUUGUAAUAGUUCACCCAUAGCAUCACCUGACUAUCUUGACAGUUUUGAAAUUACGGAAUCACCGUGUAAGACAAAAUGUUUGGAUUCAGUCAAUAAAAACGAUGUAGAAUGUUGGGCGGCUGCUUAUCUCCCCGGCUGUAACUGCAAUGAUUGUUGGUUGUUUCAUAGUAGAGCUGCAGAUUAUUGCUUACAGAAUGAGGGGGAUUUCGAUGGUGUGACAUUAUUCAUCAAAAUAUGUUUUGAAGGAGAAAUGCAGACAUUGACAACAAAAGUCACAACAACAGCCUGGACUUUUAGUAUUGCUUUUGUCAUCUGA